GAUUUCCUAAACCACAGCCAUGGUUUCCGUCCGUAUUCCCGUUGCAAUUGUCUUUGCUCUUACCCUUGCUCUUGCAGCAUAUUUGGGGUUUGCCCUGAUUCAUUUUGAGUACGAUAAGUUUCUCCAUUUUAGUGUAUUUUUUGUUCUUGCAAUUGAAUUCUACUUUAUCAUCGACACCCACCACAAGUCGUUGAAGACGCUUCGUCUUGUCACGUGCUUAUGGUGUGUCGGGUCGAGUGUGGUGCUGGAAAUUGUUCAGUCUAUCGUCAACCCCAGCAGGAAGUUUGACGUGUACGACAUUAUGGCCAACCUUGGCGGUAGUUUCUUAGGGCUCGUGGUGGCAGCCUCCGCCCAUGCGUAUACGGUGCGUCGGGCCCGGGCAGGGCGGUACCGUAAAUUGGCACGUCUGGAGGUGGAAAAUACAGGCCGAACUGAUGGUGAGGAGUUUGUGAACAUUAAGAUGCAAGAUCUUGAGGACGGGACUGGUCCCAGUCUGGUGCAGUGAGACCCUUUGGUACCGUCAAUUUGGUGUAUUUCUCACUAAGCUGGUUCUUAAGUUUGUGGAUGUUACGAUAAAUGUUGUCCUACAUCAUGGCAUUGGCAGAAAGGUAGUCGGUUCCAUUGCUGUAAAUAGCACGAGAGAUUUGAAAGUUAGAGAGGAAAAUAAUAGAACCAGAUUGACUCAGGACCACCGUAUAUAUGAAUGACUUGAUGAAUAUAGGUUGGUAAAUAUCACGGGUUGUAGGAGGCAUUCAUAGUCGUAAGUAUAUUAACUAGAACCUAUUAAACCUAUUGAACCAACUAACCUUUCAUACCUACUAGACCUGUUCCCAAAACUGGAAAAUUAACCUACUAAACCAACUGCCAUUACAAACCAACGUUCAACCGACUACGAUAAACCUUGAUAUAAUAGCAUUACCUAUAAUCAAAUCUCCAUAUCCUCGGGGAUAUUGCACUUCAAUUUCCUUGUGUAUCAAGUAAACAUUAUUGUACUCGUCAACAUCCAAAAUCCGCUCUGUGGCAUGUCUUUCUUCGAAGUAGCAUUCCCGAACCCAAUCUUGGAGGAGUGAACAUCGAUGCACUUGAGUUAACAUUAUAGUUGUCAAGGAUUCUGGACAUAGCGAACAUAGCAAUCACAAGAAGUGCUCCGUUACCCCUAAAGACCAUAUUUUAUUACAGUCCGACGAUAACCAUAUCCACUGGGACGAACCGGUUGUAUUAAGGCCUUUGUAUAUACAAGGCUAUGGCUCAAUGGCUUGAGUUGGUUGAUAUCUGUUCGUCUCAAUUCAGCGUUCUUUACACUACUAACCUACUAAACCAAAAACAAGCCUUCAUCAAGAGCCUCAGAAACCUUCUCUAAAAUAAAUCUCCCUUUCACCUUCAUCAGCAUUCCCCAUCAACGUUAUAUGACUGAAGUCAUAUUGUCUCCAAUAACAAAUCCAGUCUGAUACCACCACUAAAACCCCCAGAUUCAAGUUGCUCCCUCACUUAUCAAGUCUCCGGGACCUCUUUGGAUUCCCCAACCUUGAUACAAAAUAUGUUUGGUGCUUACGCUGUGGAGAAAUGCUUAU